AUGUAUCAUCUCGGCUUUACGAAAUGUCACCAGGGCCUCCGCUACAGGCGCAACAAGGCAAAGCUGGAGGCAGCCAAGCCCCUGAGUGACAGUGUGAUUCCUUACGUACACGGCUACAACUACUACGGAGGCCACACUGCUCCAGAACCAUAUGCACCAGGGACAAAGUACAAUCUACAAGAGCCUUCCUCUGCAUACAGCCCUUACAAUAGCAAAGCAGUCUACAAGCAAAACAGAGACAAUCUAGCAGUCGAGAAGAGAAGCAAAACUGAAGACGACAGAUACGAGAGGAAACAAUCGAAUGCUGGUAUAGAGUUACUGCUGCAGCAAGAACAACAGCGGAGAAACAACAGUGUGUCCAGCAAACCCAGCACCAUCAAGAGCAGGAUGGACGACUUGCAGAUCUGA